AUGGGCGAAUGCACAGAGGAAGCUGUUUUUCGAAAAAAUAAGCAAAAAUACUUUGCGAAUCAUGUCAUUGAAACAAAACAAGCAAAGUCCGAGUUUGAAUGUGGUUUGUUUUGCGCUCGUCAUGGAUCAUGUGCGUCAGCCAACUUCAAAACUUCUGGUGAAGAUAAAGGUCGAUGUGAACUCAACGAAAGGACAAUGGAGGCAACAACCGACGGUGACGAGAAGACAAACGAUGAAUUCAAUCAUCUUGUGAUCAUAAAACCAGUAAGCAUUAACAUGACGACGGACAUGCACGAUGAACAACAAAACGCUUUUCCUCAAUCUUGCACGGAAUUGCUUGCCAGGAAUACUUGCCUAUCUAGAUCAUUGCCCAAUGGUGUCUACACGUUGCAGAAGAAUCAAUGCUCGCCACCAUAUAAGGUAUAUUGUCACAUGACAGAUAUCCCAGGAUGUGGGGUUGGAGGUUGGACGCUAGUGAUGAAACUUGAUGGGACAAAGAACACGUUUAUCUAUGGUUCUUCUCUGUGGACAAACAAAGAGACAUACGCAGCACAAGAUGGUCUGGAAGGAUUGACAGAGAAAGAAAGCAAGUUGGCUUCGUAUUGGAAUACUCCGUUCACAAAGAUUUGCCUGGGUAUGUCGCAUAAGAAAGCCACAAAAUGGAUGACCCUCGACGACACCGCAAGUUCACUGUAUAGUGUGAUUGCGGACGGCCAAUUUAGGGCAACGACCGCUGGUAGAGCAGCAUGGAAAUCUCUGAUCGCCGGUUCGUCACUUCAGAAAAACUGCAACAGGGAAGGGUUUAAUGCCGUUUUCAGAAUACGAAUUGGAUUCCAAGCCAAUAACGAGGAAGAUUGUAAUUCGUGUGAUUCUUGGAUUGGCUAUGGAGCUGAAAGGACUUGUGGAAAUGUUGCUAUGUACCUAGCCGAUAACGGUGAUAAAAAUUUGGCGACGUUUGGAUACAUACUUGUUCAAUAAUUAAUAAAAUAGAAAUAAAAUAGCACACCACAUUCUAGUCAAUAUUAAGAUAACUUAAUGGGUUGAAAAAACCUGACGAU